AUGAAGUUCUCCGCAGCAUUAAGCUUGGCGAUUGCCCCCGUGGCGCUCGCAAAGGCCGUCCACAACGUCUACCCUGUCCGCCGCGAUCCCAAGAACGCCGACAACAACAACAAGGGUGGACCUCACCCCUCUCGUGAUGUUGCUGGUGUCGGCAGUGUCGGCAGUGUCGGCGGCGUCGGCGGCGUCGGCAGCAGCCAGGUCGUCAACGCCGACGCCGCGCUGCUCGCCGAAGCUGGUUUGGUCUUGGGUUCCCUGAGCGAGAUCGUCGUCAUCUGGGUCAACGGUGGUGGUGGUGUGCCCACCACUACCAUCAACGCCGUCUCGACAGUCACACAGACGGUGACGGCUGGUGCUGGUGGUGUUGCUGGUGCCCCGGCAGAGACGACUGUGGCUGCUGCCGGUGGUGGCACUGGAACCACCGCUACUGGUGCGACGGCUGUCGCUGGCGGUGCUGGCGCAACGCACACGGUCACAGUCGGUGGCCCCAAGGGUCUGGCGUACGAGCCCAGCAGCAUCGUCGCCAAUGUCGGCGACAUGGUCAUCUUCACGUUCCUGAGCCAGAACCACACCGUCUCCCAGUCUGCCUUUGCCACCCCUUGCGAGCUGCUCGCCGGCGGCAUGGACUCUGGUUUCCAGCCCAACGCCAACAACUCUGUCAACCCACCGCCGCAGGUCGCCCUUCAGGUCAUGGUCGACACUCCUCUGUGGUUCUACUGCCGCCAGAAAGGUCACUGCGGUAAGGGCAUGACCUUCUCCAUCAACCCCACUGCCGCAAAGACACAGGCCAUGUUCCAGCAGAUGGCCAUUUCCCAGAACGGAACUGGCACUGGCAGUGCCAUUACCGGUAAUGGUGGCGGCGCCGCCGCUGGUGGCGCUGCUGCUGGUAGCGGCAGCGGUACCACUGUCGCCUCUGGCACCACCACCUCGGCCUUGGCUGCCGCCGACUCUCUGACUGCUACGCUGGGCGGCACGGCUGCGACCAACACGGCUGCUGCUGUCGGCUCGAGCGGCACCGGUCUGACCACGGGCACCGGCAGUAUUAACGCUGACGGCUCCUGCUCGUGCGCUGUCAUGUGCGCUGCUGGCUCAUUCCCGGCUGUCCAGGCACAGGGUGUCGGUGCCUUUGGUGGUUUCGGUGGCUCCCUGCCGUCGACUGCCGUGGUCGCAUAA